AUGGGAGCGAAGGAAACGGAAGAGGCAGAGACGAAGGCAGGCGCCAGCGGCCGAGGACGAAAAGCGGAAGAGAGCGGGCGAGGGACAGCAGGACGAUGCUUGCGUUUGCAGCCACGCGGGCAGCACAGAACAGCGAUCCCGCCUGGCAAGCGAGCGGUCGCACAGCCGACGGUGGGUGUGGUGGAGCAAGAACAACGGGGCCAAACGUGGUGUGGUGCGGUGUGGUGGAUGAAAUGCGAGCGCGAAGGCGUCGAGAGCGCUGCGAGUCCGGCGCCGCCUAUGCGGAUGGGCCAACUGGACCAACUGGACCAACUGGACCAACUGGACCAACUGGACUCUGUCCCGAUGGACGUGCAAGUUGCAUCAAGACAUCUCUCCAUGCGACAGGCUCUCGACGAAACCAAAGUGCCCAACACUGCAUCAUUUCGCCCAAGAGGAAACGCUGGCAGACAGGAACUGUGGCCGGCCUGGCAUGCAGCAAAUGGACGGCAAGUGCGCGACGCGCGGGGUCUGCAAAUGGAAAUCGGUGCGACAUGGGAUGGACGCGUCUCGCGGCUGUGGCGCGACGGUGGCGCGGUGUCGCAAACACGCCUGGCCAAUGGCGUGCGCGGUGCCUGGUUGCCUGGCUCGAUCCGCAGUGCAGCCGGGCCCAGCCAGGAUCGAGCCGGCAGUGCACCGCCACAGAGGCAGUGCGACUGGUGCCUCGUCUGCGACAAGCACACCAAGGACGGCCUCUAUUGUUCCGUCGCCUGCCGUCUCGUCGAUAUGGAGACCUCAUCCCGGUUCUCAGACUCGGAAGAGCACCGCCACGACCAGGCCGUGCCGAUUAAAAAUCCCCUCAGGAUCAAGACCAACCGGUACGACGACGAUGCCUCGCUCCGGCGACCCAGCCGCGAUGAGGCCAGCCCGCGCUCCAUUCUGAGAUCGGCCUUCGACGACUUGCUCGAUGAGCCCGCAAGCAGCCCCCAGCGCAUUCCAGACAUCAGCUUGCCCUACACCUCGACCGACGAUCACGUCCCCGACACCCUCCUCCAGCUCUAUCGCUUCAACAACAUCCGUGCUCGCCCUUACAACAAGAUCCGCCCACGGCUGUCCAAGGAGUGGCCUCCGCUGAACAAGGUCCCAAAGCCUGUCCGGUCAAAGGCAGACCCCAACCCGGACUCGCCCGUGCUUGGCCUGGUUCCGGACCGGCCGUCCAAGCCGCUCCCGCUUCAGCAGCCCGUUGCCCCCUCGCGCCGUGUCUCGUUCCGCAGAUCCAACAUCAAGUUGAUUGGAUAG